AUCACCAAACAGCACUUGAAAAGAUUACAGUGAUUAGUCUAUACAGCUUCAAAAAUGACUUUGCUGCUACUUCUCACAUGGAAUUUGCUGCCAUUUCACCUCAGUUCUGUGCAAUAUUGCACCUCCAGGAUUACGAUCUAAUGUUGGAAAAAGGCACGUUGUCAGUUACUCUGAUAUGAUUCUAAUAUUGUUUCAAGGGAAAGGAAAGAUGGUUCUCUUCUAAGCCCUUCCCAGAAUUGUGCUAGACUGUUCUUAACUGAUUCUAAGCUUCACGGUUAUGUUAUUUUUUCCUCUGUUUCUUUCUUCCAUUCUCAUUGCUACGUUUUCUCCUCUCAGACCACGUGCUUUGCACUCAGAAGUUUCUGGAAGAUAUAUACAUGGAGAGUAAAAGAGCGUCCAUCUCUACAGUACCUGAUUUGUCCUCUACAUGAAAGCAUCUCCCUCAGUGCCAAGAAUUUAAUUGAUAGAGUUCAAGAUGUGAAUUAUCUGUUGCCAGGUUUCUUCUAAAGCAAAUCAGAGAUGUUUAAUUAGAAGACAUCAUUUAAAAAGGCAUAUUACCAGUUACUUUUUCAUCAGGAUUAAUACCUUUAACAUUGCAGUGCUAAAGUUGCCUGGGGGAAAAGGCGGCUACUGAGAAUCACACUAAAUACAUGGAAAUGUCUAUAUCAUGCUAAGUUGUUUAAGAAUUUCAGCGUCACUUUUUAUUUUAAAGUACAGAGAUUGUGUUAUAAAUAAUGCAUGCAGAUGCACAAAGGAGUAUGCUUUUAGAAAUACGUGCUAUCGUAAUGUCUUUAUGGCAAUUCCUCUUUUCCUGUGCUACAGACAUGGAUCAGAACUCGCGCUGCCGCCUUCAUCGUUGUCACUGCACUCACUAGAAUAGAGUUUUAAACACCCCUGGAAACACUCUCAGAGCACAGACUGACCAGAGAGCAGCAAGGGAUAGUGAUCUUCACCACAUCUCUUGAAAACAAUGUGAAUUUCCUUUAGCUUGUGCUUUGUGUGUUUGUGAGUGCAGGCACACGCACCAAUGCCAAAAUUUACGAGUAUGUAAAGGGUGGAUAUUAUAAUUCCUUUUCUUCAUCAGACAUCUUGACAUCUGAAUAUCCAGCAAUAUAAAUAUCAAUAACAUUUGUUGAGCUGAUUUUCCAGUACUUGGACUUGACUUUUGCCGUGAAUGCCCAGCGAAGAGAUUUGUCUUACAGGCAGUGUUAUUUUUAAUACAAGUGUUAUUUUUAUAUUUAGUCAUAAAUUAAUAGUGUGUCUGAAUUUAUCCUAUAAAAAAUCCAGCUUCUUGUAAUAGUCAUAUACUAACGGACCACUGUAAGCAUAGCACUUAACUGAUCUUAUCAUCAGUGCUCGAUGCAUUCAGUUGUGUGUACUUUUCAGCACUGUCUCAUAAAGACACAGAAUGGCAACUCUAAAUGUUUAUUCAUUUGCCAGCAUGGGUCUAAUGUUAGUACCAUCUUCUUUCCUGAUUUGGCCUUCUCCUUAUGAUCUCAGAUCUGCAACUAUUUCAGCUGACACUUGAUAUUAAAACUGUUUGGCAUAAAUGCUCUGACCCAUCUCAGUUCUACACACAACAGUACCUGUGCCAAAUGUUGAUUUUAUUGGCUGCAAUGUUUUCCAGGACCUCUAAUUUUCCAAGACUCUCUUCUGAACUCACUUCAGCUUCCGUUUUCUUCAUUUUUUUAAGUGUAGGUGCCAUAUACAAUGCAGCGUAGCUGGCCCCACUGAUCCCUUUGAAAGGAACCCUCUGCAGAAGGGUCAGUAAACUCAGUGAACUUUUACAUUUUUUUAGCAAUUAUCUUGUGGCUUCAGCAAGGAAAGAAACAUCUUUUCAAAAAGACCGGGGGGGAUAUAGGAAUUGAAAAAUAUUUCCCCAAAUGGCGUUGAAGCCUUCGCAGCUGUUUGUGCAGAGGAGAAUCGAUGGCUUUCAUUGCUUGCUGCGGUCUGUGUAACGCAAAACUCCAUGCAAAUUCUGCUGCUGACCUUUCUCGUGCCAAACAAAUGUGUUAAGUAUCCCGAGAGAGAACGUGAUGGCAGCUGAUGCCGUGGUUAAUGCCCGGCACCAGUCGCUGCGAGGAGCUCAGCCCCGCGCUGGCCGCGCUCCCAUCUCACACCGCUUGUCGCUUGCCUGAAUUGCAGUGACAUCUGGCGGUACGUUCAGGACUUCCCGUACAGCUGUUCUGCUAUUUAUAGCACCCGUUUGCUUUCUUUCCUGUUUUAGAAAAACCAGUGGUAUGAGUGUUUUAUUGACACGCGGUGCGGGUUUGCCCGCUGUGAAGCGUGGUUGCUCCUCCGCGCGGUGACACGCGGGGCUCGGGCGGGGCCGGGUCUGUGGUGCUAACGGCCACCGCGGGUGUCGGUCACAGGGCUGCAUUUCAGUUUCUAAAUUGUGCUCUGACGGCAAUGAAAAUGUUUUUUGAAUUCAGCGCUUCGGUGAAUGACACCAGUUUUAUCAAACUGCAACCAGCUGACUCGUCUGCAUUACACCCUGACAUCACUGCAGGUUAGAGGUGCAGAACGCUUUGUAACACGGGACGUGACCGUGCCCUACGGACGGCUCCCCUCGGAGGGCAAUGCCAUUCCCACACACAAGCCGCCCGCCGGCGGAUUUUCUCACAGCUCGGCGCGCUCUGGCAGUCCGCAGCCAACGAACGCCGCUCGGCGGGAACUGCGCAUGCUCACCACGCGCCAAGCCCCAGCGCGUCCGUGGGAGGCGCCGCCGGAACCGAGGUAGCUCGGGUUGGGCCCGAGGCAGGCGGAACAGUCGCAGGAAGAGGAACACGCCUCCCGCUUACAUCUCCGACGACGAUUGGCUGAACGGGGCCGAGCUCUCGGGCGGUGAUUGGCUCGAAGUCAGUGGGUCUGGGUGUGAUUGGCCGGCGGGAAGUGGCGGUUUAUUUUCUCUCCCCAGCCGUGAGUCUGUGUCAGUGAAUCGUGUUUCGGUCCAAUGAUGAUUGUUCCCUUCUCAUGUAGCUGAUGAAUUGCCAAAAUGGCAGCCAGGAGGGAGCUGCAGCAGUUUGAAAAGUUAAUUGAUGAAGUUACAAGGAGAAAAGAUUUUGAAUUGUUAGAACAAUACCUGGAACGAGAAGACUGUGAAAAUAUCUCUUACAAAUGCAGCAAACAGUUUGUCAACAAGUUAGACAAGCUUCUAUGUCAGGAACUUGACAAACAAGAAAUCAAAAGCGUUUCAACUUUACUAAAUUCUCUUUGGAAGUGUGGGGAAAAAAUCAGCAUAGCAGGCGAAAAUGGACUCCCAGCAAUGAUAAAAUGUGGUCUUAUUGGAAAGAUGAUUAAUUGGUAUGAAAAGGUAAAAGGAAUUUUGAUUCUCAGAGGAAAUGAAAAGAACAAAAUUGUUACAGGUCUGGCUGAAGAUUUCUUCAACUUAUUGCUGGUUGUAUAUGACAGCAGACCUGAAGGUAAGAUGGAAAUGCUAGAAAACUUUGUUCUGAGAACAUGUACCAUCAUUACUGAUGUAAGAAUUAGCAUUUAUGUCCAGCAAGAGGUAGUAAGAAAACUUAACUUAAUGCUUGACAGCAUGCCUCGAGAUGCCAGGAAAAAAAUAUUUUCUACAAAGGAAAUGUUGCUUGCCAUGAGUGACAUGGGUAGGAGAAUUUUGGAUGCUGGAGACUAUGACCUGCAAGUAGCCAUCACAGAAGCUUUAUGCAGAAUGAUACCAGAGAAACAAAGAAGAGAACUGGCAUGCCAGUGGUUUUCCAUGGAGUUUGUGUCCAAUGCGUUUAAAGGAAUUAAAGAUUCUGAGUUUGAAACAGAUUGCAGAAAAUUUCUUAACCAGGUGAAUGGCAUGCUUGGAGAAAAAAGAAGGGUUUUUACGUAUCCGUGUUUAUCGGCAGCUCUUGAUAACUAUGAGCUACAGCUACCAUUGGAUGAAAAUCUUGAAGAAUUUUGGAUUGAUUUCAAUGUUGGUAGUAGAAGUAUAUCUUUCUACGUGGCAGCAGAUACUGCAGAUCAGCAAUGGGAAACAGUCAUUAUACCAGAGGAAGAGGUAGACCUAUACAACCUUGAAGAGAAAGAGGCAAAGAAAUUAUUAACAAUAGAUCUUAAAAGCCCAGUGAAUGUGGGUAAUCAAGAAGGAGAUAAAUUUUUUUUAUAUUUUGAUUCUAUGUUGGAAAUCGAAGAUGUAGUCAGAAAGAUUUAUGGAUUAAAUAAAUGCAAGGAAUUUAGUAAGAAGCAGUCUAUGUCAGUUGCCAAAACAACUGUGCAUAUCGUCUUUGAUGAAAGUGGAUCACAGGUUCUGGUACCAGAAAGUCAGUUGUCACCAUGUUUGGAUGAAAAAUAUGAAGCUGGCAAAUUCAGUAAGUGCAAAACACAGCAACUUCCUGGAAGUCAGAGGUCUUCGAAUAAAAACAACCAAGAUAAAUGCACAAGUGGUUCCUCCAAGAUAACCACAUCUUGUAAAAGGAAAGUGUCGGAAGCAUCAGUGCUUAUUCCUGCAACUGCAAGAUUUCCCACACGGAGUCCACUGGUAUUUCUUAGUACAUCCACUCCUUCUAAAGGACGAUUUAAGUUACCUUUGCAAAUGAUGAGCUCUGUGGAAAGGUCUAACAGUAAUGCAGUAAAUGAGACCGGAACUAAAAAUUUAUAUCAGGAACUUACUGAAAAUGGGCAAAGAUGUACACCAGAUAAUCAGUUUUGUGAAUCAGAGCAGAAUACCAGGAAGUCAAAAAUCAGAGGAGAGGCAGAACUACCAGAAAAGGGAGCAUGUUCUGAAGAAGUUUUCAAAUUUUUACCAGAGGGAGAAAAUGGAGCCACUGGAAAGCAAACUUUAGAUGAUGCAUUAGAUAUCGUUCCUGAUUCGCAGCGAGCAGGGAGGAGCAACAAACAUCUACUGCCUGGUCAUUUGGAAAGUUCUGCUGAUAAAAAAAGAACGUGGAAAAAAAGAGCAUGUUCUGUCCCUGAGAAGAAUAUAACAACUGGUGACAGGCAAAAGCUAAAUCUGUCAUCGGGACAAGCAUCCCAUACAGCUCCUGUUCUUAGUGAAAGAACUAUGAAACAGAAAGCUUUUAGUUCAAUUUUUGGAAGUGACUCUCCAGAUAAACAAAGAAAUAAAAGAAAACCGCAAAGAAAUGGAAUUGAAAUCACAAGGGAAGAAAACAGUAAAAUACUGAAUGAUAAAGUGUCAGAAACAUCUUUGCGUUCUGAUUCUACAAAAUACAGCAACACUAAAGAGGAAGCUGGUGUUCUCUCAAGAAAAGAGACUGCAGAUCAUGAACAGUCAAAGAUGAAAAUUAAAUCUAAAGAAAUCACAGAUGCAACAAAAUCCCUAAUUAGUAAAAUCAGUGACAGAUAUAAAGAUGAGAAGAACAAAACAAGAGACUCCUUGGUUUUCAACAGACCAUGUUCAAAUAAAUCCUGUUUCGGUGUCAAUAAGGAAAAUACUCAGAAUAGAAAUUUGAAAACCACUACUUUUCUUGAUACGGCUGCUGAUCAUGUGGUGGAUGAUGUCUACAACUUUAACGUCAGUGUGUUCCAUGAGCCUACAAUAAGAGUUGGAAUCCAAGACUGCUGUGUUAUGGAAGCAAACAUUCAUACAGAUCCAAACAAAAAAGAGAAUCCAGGUGAAAGUAAAAGAAGCUCUGAAAUGAAAGCUGGAAAAAAAACUAGAAACAAUCAAAACAAAAAGCAUCUUUUCAGUGACACAGAUACAGAAUACAGAGGUGAUGACAGCAAGACAGACAUCAGCUGGCUACAAAAAUCCAAAUCAGUAUCUAAGCCACAGAUAAUUGAUUACAGUAGAAAUAAAAACUUAGGGAAAUCAAAAAGAAAAGGCAAAAAUAAGCUCUCUGAACCUCCUUGCCAGAUGGAUACACCCAAAGGCAAAACAGCAAAAAAGAAAAAGCUAACUGAAUGUAAAAAACAAAGUGCGGUGAUUGAUGAAAUGAUGGAACAAACCACCAGACCAAAACGACCUCAAAGAGCAGUGCUACCAAAAAAUUACAAAGAUCCUUCCAGUUCAGAGUCAGACAGUGAAAGGGAAAAUUCAGCAUGUACCUAUAAGAAGGAGAAAUCAAAAGUACAGAAAUGUGUGAAUGAGAAAAACAAAGAUGGUAAUCAGCAGAAGGAUCUCCAGAAUUUGGUGGAGCCGAAGGCAGUAGCAAACUGUGUAAAUAAAGCAUUAAUUAAAUCAAAGAACGCUACGGAACAAAAGGAAACUGAAAUGUCUUCACCUGAGAGUCCUGCAUCUCUAGAGACAAUGAGAUGUGCUGAGAGAAUAUCAGAGGGAUGUGUUACUCAAGACCGUACUUCUAGUGAGGGGUCACCUGGUCUUCUGAAGUCAACACCAGAAAAAAAGGAAACAUUAAACACUGAGAAAGGAAUCUCUCCCAAUAAUCUCUGUCUACAAAAGAAGAAUAAUCAAAUUAUCUAUCUAAACCAGUCUCCUGAAAUGACUGUUAAAAAGUUAACAUUUGGAAAUAAAAGUUUCUCACCAGUUCUAACUGCUUCGUAUUUGCUCAACUUAACUUCAGUAACCCCAUAUAAAGCACACUGUGGAAAAAACACAGAGGGAUCUGUAUCUGAAACAUGUGAUGCUACUGAGAAUUUAAGUUUUAGCCAUGGCUUUUCAGACAAAAUUUCUGUUGAAGGAAAACAACAAGUCAUCACUAAACAUGUCAUAAAAAAUAAAGGAGAGGAAUUAUCUCCAUUAUCCAUGUCCAGUGGAAGUGAAGUACAGUCCUGGAGUCAAGAACCUUGUGGCCCUACACAUGAGUCAGGGCCGACUUCACAUACAUUUCUCAAACGAAAGUAUCAGCGUGAUACAGAAAGCCAUUCUGAUGAGGGAGAAACAAGCAAAGAGGAGGAAAAGAAGAGAAGCAGAAGAAUAACGUUACAGCCUAGAAAAUUAUUUAAAAAAGAUGAAGCUGUUACUUACAGAGUGUAUGAAAACUUUUCUACUGUAUCUGUAACUGAUCCAUCUGCUUUGGAUGUGGAAAUCUGGGAACCUGGUUGCUCAACUAUUGAUAUAUGUCAGAAGCUCCAAAAAGAAUUUACUAAGAAAAUUGAGAGCCGUUCACAGAAAAUGGAGCAUUUUGCAAAGCAAUCAUUAAGAGCUGCCAACCAGCAUUUGACAACGAUGAAUCAACAGCUUCUUGAGUGCAGGAUCAAGCAGUUGGACAGAUUUCAUUUCAUUAUUCUUCAGGAAAUUGAGAAUUUUGAGAAAGAUUCUCAGUCCCUGAAAAACAUGGAAAAAGAAUUAUUGACAUUUUGGAAAAAACAUAAGCAUACUUUAAGUACGUUCGUGAAAAAUGAGCAACAGAGGCUGCAGGUCCUUAAAACAUCAUUUGAAAAGAACAUCUACCAUAGUGUUGACUAUGAAGAAAAUAUUUUUACUUCAGAGAUGCAUCUGAUGAAAGAAGACAUGAAAGGACUCCAAGAGAAAUUUCUUAAAGAAAUGCAACAAGAGGAACUGAUUAAUGUUCGCAGAGGAUUGCAGACAUUAUUUCUAUCAGAAGACGGAAAAUUCUGAAGUAGUACUUUCAUAGACUUUCCUGAAAUUCAAGCUGAAUAUAAACACUCAUUUUUAAUACAAAAUUUGACUUUUUUUUUUCUUUUUACUUAAGGAAACUACUGUAAUGAAAGCAUAUUUUCCAGAAUAAAAAUUGAAGUCUUUUGAAUAAGACUUCUCCACAAGACUUCUCCUAUAAUUAGAAAAAUUUGGCAUUAUUUUACUGAAUCUACCAAAAUACAAUAUAUAAUUUUUUAUUUAUUUUUAGCUAACGCUAUUUUUGAGGAAGUCUUUAUUAACAUUUUUCAUAGGUUAUUUAACUGAACUUUUAGAGAAAUCACAUUUCACUUCAAAUCUACGUCUUGGAUCGUUGUGUACAGAAUAUUAUUUUUCGUCUUUUGUCUGAUCCAGAAUACAGUAAGAAAUUAUUUAAGGAUCCAGCCUCAUGUGCCAGUCUCAGUCCUAUUCGUCUGUGGCAUUAAAAUUCAGUAAGAGUUUCCAACUGAAAAUGACUGUAAAAUUUUAUGGUUGAACUAUAUUGCAAAUAUUUAUAUUAAAUAAUU